GCCGCCUUGCUCCCAGGAGAAAUAGAAUUCCUUAUCUGCAGAAAGCCUUGUCAUGUCCUAUCACUAGCAUUAUCUUCUGCGAUUUUUCUGACCGCCCUGUGCCUGCUGACCAUGACGGCACCAGGAUUUCGUGGGCGCCAGCUGGUGUGCACUGAUUACUAUGCGGAAUCGCCACCAGUGCCUGCGGUGCCUCUGCGUGAGUAGCCAGGAUGGCCCGUCAAACGCGAGUUGUGAUGGCAUAAGAUUGGGCACCAAACCCGGGCGGAAGAAGCGAGCCGGAGUUCAGCCAAUCUAGAAGCCACGCAACAGCCUCCCUAUUGAGAUCGUGACAUCACCGUCAAGAUGGGUGGCUUCUUCAGCCGUAAUAACGAGGACGCAGAAUGCCUCGACCUUCCACCCUGUAAGACGAGCCUGGAUCGCGUGUGCCCUAUAUUGAUGGAAGUCAACAGACUGAACCCGUCGCUGUGGCCUGUUGGACUGGACCUCAGAGAAGCAUUUCCAGGACAACUAUCUCUGGCCCGUUUCUACUCAGCAAUCCCAUCAAGCACAGUGCGCUAUUUGCCGCCGAGAGCGGCGCGCGAGGACACGGCGGUAGGCGGCCAACGCAGCGCCACGCCGGCCGAGCAACGCCGGGCGCUGAGCAUUGUGAGCCAUAUCCUCAAGCAUCAUCGGUGCGCUAUCGGUGCUGAUAUCGCCGGAUUCGAGUUUUCCGAGCAUCAAGCGAAACUUCUUUCGAACGCCCUCAUUCAGCCGAAACCCUCCCUCAGGCAAGUGAACCUAACUUCGGCGCAUCCCAAUGCGAGGCUCGUCCAAGGAUUCGCCGCUGCCGUCCAAUCCAUGAAUUGCCUCGAGGAUCUGGCGUGGACCUGCGACACCCUCGACGCAGCUGCGGCGAACUCGCUCUCCGCUUUCUUUGCACGAACGUCGACGCUUACCACCCUCGAUCUGACCGAGUUACACGUGAAAAGCUCAGACGCUAAAAUCUUGUUCGAGGGGCUCAUGAAGAACUCGACGAUAACGACGCUGAGCUUGUCCGCCUGCCUGGUCAAGGGGGAUCCUGAGAGCACUACCGUUCUCCUGGCAAACUACUUGAAAGGCAAAGACUGCAAGGUGCAUUCGCUGACCUUUCAGAGAGGCUGCGCUGAAAAAGCGCCUUCUCUGGCAGCCGUGAUAGAUUCCAUUAUCUUAAACAAGAACGUGCAAACCUUUAUCAUCUCGGGCUUUUUUGAAACAAGGUGGAACUUCCUCCUCAUGGCCAAGUUGCUCAACGAAAACAAGAAUCUGCGAUGCUUGGACGUAAUGUGCGCUUCUGAGGACCAGCUCAACGACGGGGAAACUCACAUAAGACAACUACGGCGACUCCUGCAGCAUCAUCAUGUAGACCCGCACUUUUUCAGGUGGUUAAAUGCCUUGGCGAGGCACCCCUCGCUAGAGUACUUGACAGCGGACGUCUCCGGUUUCAGCGUUCGUGAGUGCGAGGCAUUAUUCAAGGCACUCGUGAAAACUUCAAUCAAGGGCGUGACCGUCACAGGCGUGCGUGACGAAAACGUCGUCGCCAUUUUCAGGGCUGUUCGUUCGUCCGGUACGGCUGCGCUCGUCCACCUAGAAAGCGCCUACAUCGCACGGGCUUCAACAGAUGAAAUUGCCGAUUGCAAAGAGUUAUUGACGCAAGUGAUCGUGAAUACGGACCGCUUUGACACAUCGGACGCCAUUAAGGAGGCGAUGCGUCAACUUUCUUUCUGCACCCGCGUCUCUUCGUUCAUGCUCAGAGUGAAACGGGAGGCUCCUCUCGAAGCAAGUACCCGCUCUAUUAUUUUGAGAUAUCUGGAAACAGUGCGUACGCUACGGGAAAUCGUGCUGAAAUUUCCCAGCAGUUCCGAAGGCGAUGACACCGAAGCUGGAGGCCAUAGCGAUUAUCUCAGGACGCUUUCACAAAGAAAUAACAUUGAAAUGCUUCACUUGGAAAACGUGCGGCUUACAGACGCUGACGCAUCUUUUCUGGCUGUGGCCAUUGCGAAAAGCAAGUCGCUGUGCGAAGUUACUCUUUGGGCUGAUGUCCGCUGUGAAGCGGCAAUGGAGACCUUCCUUCGAGAGCUGUCGCCACGGUUUAGUGAUAACUAUGCUAUUUUCGCGCUGAUUCACAGCCCCGUCACAUGCGGGAAAGAGUGCCUACAUAUUCAGGGGGUCGUGCGUCGAAAUCUUGCACUGAUCACGCUCGCGGCUUACUUCGUUGAAGGCGUUCGCAACAAACGCACUGCAGAAGCACUGGAACUUGUAGCCGGCAGUCGUGGGUUAGUCAGAAAAGUUCAAGAACUGCUCUCUCUGACUGAAGAAGAGGCGACAGCAAGAAUUCGCGCUAAAGUGCGCGAAAUCAAGCGCCUGAACGGUUACAUGCGAUACACUGGUGUCGUCAGAAAUACGGUGAAAUGCAAAGAACGUUCGCAGAGUAAGGGGCUUCAGCUGGAUCGUCUUCACGAAGACUGCUGGCAACAUAUUCGACAGUAUCUCAAGGUGACUGACGUCUUGGACAGUGAUUAGACUUUCAUCUUCGCUUCCUGAAGAGCGCACGACAUGCUCUGUAGAAGGACGGACCAGUGCCUCGUUCCUGCGUGCCUCUGAACCAGACAAAAUAUAGCAAAUUAUGUGUGAUGCUUGACGAUUAGGUUUAAUAUAUAAAAGUGAACAAUAUCGCUUU